UUAAAAUUUUUACCCUAAGAAAGAAGCAUAAUCUAGACAUUUUUUAGUACUAUACAAUAUUCGCGUGAGAUCUGUAUGAGGUUUAAAACAGCUCGCUGUUUUGAAUCCUCAUACAGAUCUCCCGCUCAUAUCGUAUAUAUAACUUGUACUACAAAGUUAUUUGCAAUAGGUCAUGUUGGUUGAUAUAACAAGGGACUAAAAACAUUAAAUUCGACCAACAUGGCGGCAAUGAAAACCAGCCCACUAUGUCUGAUAUGUCUAAAUUUGAAUAGAAUUAUAGAAAUCAAGACGAUCAGUCCCUCUGGACUCACCAAGUCCUCUUUGGCUCAGUACUCUGCCAAUGAAUGGUACGUGAACGUGACAUGGACUCCAAGUCAAUCACAAGUAGAUCCUGUCAUAUUCUGCUACACUGCUAUUGAUGGCAAUGGAUUAUCAUCCGACCAGAGCUGUGUUACACUUUUGGCUGGAGUUGCACCUCCAUAUAUAGUCAAUGGUUCCCACUUUCCAACUGGUCUAAUUUACCCAAACAAUCAAAGAUGGACCGUAAAGUUUGACAAGGAGUUUGUUCGUCCAAAAAGAAGCCGAUACAUCAGGAUUUUCAGAUCAGAUGGCACCGAGGUCUACACUGUUGAUGUUUCGAUCUCCCAUGACGUCAUCUACCCGGCAGGCUCACUAGGUCGAACACUUGAAUUCAGGCCGUCAUUAGCAUUCAUUGAAAAAAGUACUUACUACAUACUUCUUGAUCCAGGUAUCGUACAAGGAACUAAGUUUUGUGGUCCAGAAUCUCCACCAAUGAGAGAUCCUAAUUUCUGGAGGUUUAAAAUCAGAGAUGUCACACCCCCUGUGGUAACAUUCACAUCGGCCCCUUUAGUAACCAGCAAUGCUACAGCAAUCACAUGGCGUAUAGACGAACCGGCCACCUCCUUGUGCACUGUCACUGGCCCGACAAAAACGUCUGUAUUUGCUUGCAAUGAAUCUUGGGUAGAGUCAGGAUUGGCUGAAGGAUACUACAGAAUUUCUAUUACAGCUACUGAUGCUGCUGGCAACAUUGYACGGCCUGUCUUCCAUUCAUGGAAUGUUGAUCUAACACCACCAGAGCCAUACCUUACCACAAAACCUCAAGCCGUUUCCAAGGAAACAUCAAGUACAUUCCAAUUUAGCUGUCGAAGAGACAGCCCUUGUUAUUAUGAAUGUUCAGUCACUCAAGAUGGCGUCAAUCCAACGUACUCUCCUUGCUAUGGAUCUGGGUUUAUCGCUCGUAAUCUUGUCAAUGACGUUGUUUACGUCUUCCGACUUAAGGCACGUGACGGUGUGGGAAAUCAGGCACAAGUUUUGUUGUAUAAAUGGAGAGUUGAUACCCAAAAACCAACAAUUUCAAACGUGAAAACACUCUCGGUAAGCUGCACCAGCGACCUGAACCCAUCAGUCAUAGGUAAGCCUUCCGUAACAGACAACGAAGACCCCAAUCCCAAGAUAAUGUACCGAGACUUAUCAUCACCUUCUGGAUGUGGCGUACAACGGAUAUGGACCGUAACUGACCGCGCUGGAAACAUAGCAACAGCCACUCAAACUAUCGACAUACAAAGUUCAUUGGCACCAGUUUUUAACUACGAUGAUAACAUUGUUGUUGCUUGUCAAAGGCUUUUAAGGAUGGAAAAUGAGAUCAAGAAGACGAUUAAUGUCACCCACCCUUGUGGUAUACCAACUGAUAUAAGCCACAAUGACUCGAAGGCCGUGAUACAGUGUGGGUCUCCUCUUGUUAGAACUUGGACGGCGAGGGAUAGUUGUGGGCAUUUCACAACAGUYGUACAAAAUAUUAGAAUUUUGGCCCUUCAGCUUCCAGAUUACCCUAAGAAUGGACAAGUCAACGUCGAUCUAAAUCAGCACCUAAAUUGGCCACAAUACCCGGGCGCGGUCAGGUACAGAGUGUACAUAUGGAAAUCUACAGCAGCAAAGCCAACAACACCAACUGCUGUAACAACAUCUAGGGAAUUUUACCAAACAUCUGGUCAGCUCCCACAUGGAACACAGAUGCUUUGGCAAAUAGAAUACAUUAUAAGUACUGGUCAAAUCAUUCCUAGCCCCGUUUGGGGUUUCGUUACGAGGCAUUUCCCAGACUUUCGAAUCGAUAGUAUUUCGUUGCCACCGAAUGCUUUCUCGGGACAGACCGUAAGUGUUUCGUGGACCGUUGGGAAUAUCGGAGGAAUUGGUAACGCAGCAUUUCGUUGGCAAGAUACAAUAUACAUUGGCCGAACGACUACUUUCUUGCAGGCUAGGCGGAUGUCAACAGUUAGCCAAGAAAGAUUUCUUGCUCCAAAUGAUGCUUACGUUGGGCGCGCAACACUCCAGUUGAGAGAUGAUGAUAUUGGGGUUUUUUACGUGUUCGUUGUUACCGAUGCCUCGCGUCAGAUCCAAGAUAUUGAUCGUUCUAAUAACAUCAUGGUCAGUUCUAGUUCCAUGAAAGUGGCUUUAACACCUCCUCCUAAUCUAAAAGUUGAAAGCAUUGUUCUUCCAUCAACUACCUACUCAGGAAACUCCAUAACUGUCAAAUGGACUGUAGCGAAUCGAGGAGUUGGGAUUACUGGGAAUGCACAAUGGAUCGACCGCCUCUUCUUCUCAAGAAACGAUAUACUUGAUAAUGACGAUAACUACCUUGGUUCCAAAGUACAUAAUGGUUUUCUAUCAGUACGUCAGACCUACACAGAAACAAUGUCUGUCAAUGUACCCCGAGCCAUAUUUGGGGAUUUCCACAUUAUCAUAAUGACGGAUUCCACAAACACCGUGUUUGAAAAUACUGGAGAAAACGACAACGUGCAAGCUUCUACGUCUUCUUUGAAAGUUAUUUUGAGUCCACCACCGGAUCUGAUAGUCAGUAGCCUAGAUGUACCAUCGUCCGGUUUCGUCUCAGGAAGUACCGUACCCAUAGCUUAUAGUGUCACAAACAUGGGACUAGGAGCACCUUUCCAUAACUGGUGGAAUGAUCAAGUGUCAAUCAUGAAUCUCGAAACUAAAAGAAAAUAUAUCAUUGCAACUCCAUCCUACUCUGGAGUAUUCCCUGCUGGAAAUUCAUACUCCAGGAAAGUGAGUUUCCUCGUUUCGUCUCAUCUAAAGACAGGAAAAUAUGGACUCUCCGUGCACACAGACGUACUCAACAGAGUCUUUGAAUUCACAUAUAAGAAAAACAACGUUAAAGAAAUGAACGUCACGAUCGUCCAACGCCUUCCUGACUUAGUUGUAACGCGAGUUCAAGGUUUUAUUAUCAGUGACCCACUUGCAACCUACUUACAAAUCAAUUAUACCAUUGAGAACCGAGGAAGAGGAAUAAGUUACGGAGCACCUUGGGUUGAUCGGGUUUUCUUAACCUCGACAACUAGUUUUUCCAUUAACACUGCAAAAAGUCUGGGUGCUGUAAGCAGACAGACCAAUUUACCUCCAGGUGAAUUCUAUAAUGUCUUCAAUGAAAAAUUCAAAGUGAAAAGAGAGGUCUUUGGCACACGUUACGUUUUCGUUGUUGCAGAUGCGUAUUCGGCAAUUCUAGAAGAGGAUGAAAGCAACAACGAUGGACACAGUCAAGCACUAGCUAUCCCACGUCGGUUCCCAGAUCUUGAGGUGCAGAUACUUGAUGUAUUAAGUGGAUCAUAUAUUUACGCUGGAACAAGUAUGAAAGUCGCUUGGCGAGUUAAGAAUGAUGGAUCUGGAAGCACUUUAGACAUAUCAUGGCGUGAUAUGCUAUACUUGUCAAAGACAACAUCUCUGGGUUUGGGUGCAGUUAAGAUUUACGAAGGCAGCGUCCUUCCGCGCAUCCUUCCUAAGCACUUUUAUAAUUUCACUGCGAUGGUGCGUACCCCAGACAAUAUGUAUGGCGAGUACUUUUUAAUAAUCAAGGUUAAUGGUGACAACGCACUUGCGGAGACUGAUUUCAGCACUAACAACAUUGCAUAUACUCGUAUAACAUUAGCAAGGAUGCCACUACCCGAUCCUCAGAUCGUUAGUGUAACUUACCAGUAUAAAGCCGUGGCAAAUCUCCUUGAAGUCCAAUGGAAGGCUAAAAACUUUGGGUAUUCCAUGACUAAAACAAAUACCUGGACAGACAGAAUUGUUCUUUCAUCAUCCAGUUCAAAAGUAACAGGAUCUGGUGUUAAUUUCUUGGGUUCAAGGGAUGUUACUGCCAAGUUAUCCUCGCAGCAGGAAUACAGUGCUUCAACAACUGUUUCAAUACCAAAAAGCAUUUCUGGCCCCAUGUACGUUUAUGUCAUUGUAAACUACCAGGGAAAACUACAGGAAAGCUCUCAAAAUCAAGAUAACAUUGGGCAUGAUGCUACACCAGUUCCUAUUAAGAAACUACCGCUACCCAUCCUUGAUGUUGAAAUACAAACAAGGCUUUCUACAAAUGUGACUUGCGAUCAACCUUUUUCGUUUAUAUUCAAGGUGCAGAACAUAGGGGAAGGCGAUGCCAAUUUUGAUUCUUGGACCGAUGCAGUUUUUCUGUACUAUAAGAGUGACAGCUCGUUACGGGAGGUCAUGGACUAUGGGAUGCGUCUAUCGUUAAGGAUCCACACGGGUAGGCUUCGGGUCAACGCUUCGUACGCCGUCAACACAACCAUAACAAUCUCUUGCGUGGAGAUGUCUAAUGUCUAUCUAUAUGCUUUUUCUGAUAUAAAUAAUCGCAUAGGCUGGAAAUCGCCACCAAAGGACUUCUCUAAGACUAUUCAUUUGCUUUCUGGACCAUUACCAGAUCUACAGGGAGUUUUCGUCAACUCCUCUUUGCAGACUCAGGGAGGGUCCCCUUUGAAGGUUCAUUUCAAAAUUUCUAAUAAUGGAGAUGGUUCUACAAAAGGAAGUUGGUUUAAUGCCUUGUAUUUGAGUCAAGAUGUUCUCAAAGAUCCUUUUGAUCUAAAGCUCGCCUCCCAAAAUACUAAUGUUCGUUUAACGGGGAACACUUCUGCGCUGUUAGAUGUAGUUGUUUCUAUUCCCUACGACACGGUUGGAAGCGACUACUAUCUGCUUCUGGAAGUAGACAGUGGUAACCUUGUUUAUGAAAGCAACGAGGAUAAUAACAUGGCCUACGAUUUAUUGAGAAUUCAACCAACAGCAAGAACCGAUAUACUUGUGUCUUCAGUAUCUACUGCGUCUACGACACUAUCUCUUGGGUCAGUUGUUAAGGUAGAUUGGACUCUCAGGAACAAUGGUACUCAGAUAGCCAAAGGAUACAAGUGCGAUACAGUUUACCUUUCUGAAGAUGAAAUUUGGCAAAUAGAUGAUACAGAGGUUGCACAACCCAAAUGUGAAUUUACAUCGCUGCUGCCAUACAAUAACGGGGUUAAUCGGGAUAGGGCGUUUUCCUUACGGAAGCCCUUGCCACUUGUUGCGCAGGGUCAAUACCGUGGACUAGUAAAGAGUCGUAGUAACAUACGGGAUCCUUUCCCUAACAACAACAUCAAGGCGGGACCAAAAAACAUCAACGUGACAUUUCCAUUGUUGAGCCUUGGAAGCUGUGCUGAAGCAGACAAUGGAAUAUCGGUGUUUAUUAUCAACGACGUACCACCCGAGAUGACUUUGAUCGUUACAGCACGUGUGAACGUAGUGACAUCAUUCCAAGACUUAUAUCUACAACAUAAUAAGCCUGCCUCUUCUUAUCAUUAUGAUGGCAAAUCAAAGUUUGCCAUGUCUGCCAAACAAGAUGCGUUAGUAACCCCCACAAAGAAAGGUUCGUAUUACGCCAUGUUUCAAAGAAACGACCAAACUCCAGCCCCUGGUGUCAAAUCAAGAGUCUGUGCAAAACUUGCCAAGUUUGAAAUCUUGAACAUUUUUCCAACUACUGUUGCUCCACUUGGAAAUGUAACGUUACGAGUUGAAGGCACGUUGUUUGGCUGGAAACUGGAGGUGUUUUUGAUAAGUAAAGAUGAAGAAAUAAAAAUAAAAGCGAAGCGAGUUUAUCGUUUUAGUUCCAUGUUGUUGUACGCCACUUUUAACGUACAAGGAUUAACUGAAGGCAAAACAUUUCAUUGUAAAAUUACAGACACAGCUAAGAAUGGAAAUGCUGUUUUGAAUGACUCUUUGACCAUUACCAAUGGAGUACUUGGAAAACUAACAGUUGCCAUGAAUCGACCCCAAGCCGUUAGAUUACUCGAUACAGGUGAUAUAACAGUCAGUUACCAAAAUAUUGGGGACACAGAUCUCCCGAGUCCUAUUAUAUUGUUUAGUGCUGACGGGAAGGCUUCGCUGAGGUAUGUCCAAGAUGGACGCCAACCAAGCACUUAUGACACUUCUCUUUUCGUUGUCGCCCAACCUUUAGAGGGUCCUGGGGGUAUUUUGCCKCCAAAGUCUUCCGGAAGAUUGAGAUUCCAGGCAAAGCACCUUCCAGGUAGCGGAACUGGAAGGUCAAAGCUCAGUGUGCGGUCCUUGCUGGACAACGACGAACCUCAUCUGUUUAUGGAAAGCAAAGRUGAACUCAAACCAAACCAUCUCUCAGAUGACCUAUGGGAACCUGUUUGGAAGAACUUUCUGUCGUCUGUAGGAACGACUCAAAAGUCAUUUAAUCGUCGAUUAUCAAGUGUUGCGACACAGAUGAGUUUGGAUGGAAGUAGUGUACACAUGGUUGAUGAACUGGUUAAGCUUCAAUUGGACUUUGCAAAUGGUGUCCAAAGUGGCAGUAAACUCCUAGAUACAGUUGAUGUGGCAGAUCAGUAUUCUUCGAGCCUGCUGACUCUUCGUCUGGAACGCAUAUACAGUCCAUUCUUGACACGGCGCCACGGAAAGGGAAUAUUCGGGGUUGGAUGGAUUGCUCCUUGGUGGGAAACGUCGAUACUGUCUAUGAAUGACUCUGUCAUAAAUAUUCUGCACUUAAGAGAUGAAAUAAUGCUCUGGUUCGUCAAACCUGGAUAUUUUGAAGCCUAUGGCAGUCAGCAGACCAUUGAAAUCAAAGACGAUGUUUUGAUUUUGACUGGCGUCGCAUCUGAUGAAUCAGAGCAGCUCGUCUUUGACUUACAAACUAAAAGGCUAAAAGAAAUUCGUCGUGUGACCGCGAGAAACGGCACCAUAAACGUGACUGCCUACACAGCAGACAAUAAGCCAAGGCAACUGGAACAUUCUGCAGGAGGAUCGAUUACUAUUGACUUUAACUCUCGAGGGCUUGUGAGGAAGGUGGUGCUGAUUGAAUCAAACAGGGAGCAGUCAGUAAGCUUGUAUAAUUACGAUCAAGAUGCGCCAAUUUUAAUAUCAAUUACUUCAAAUGAAGAAACCACGAGAUACUCGUACACCAGCAAUCAAGACCUGGAAAGUGUGACAUACCCUAACGGCGCAACACUUCGUUACACAUACAAUCCCGACACUGGCUUUUUAGAGAAAAUCAUGGGGUUAACACCCGAGGGGCAAACAUYAAAGGCUGUGGAGUUCCAGUACAAUUGGGAUGGUUUAGUCAAAGUCAUCAAUUUGGUGGAUAACAGCAGUUCGACGUUUGCUUUUGAUGAGACCAUGAAGGUGUUGUCAAUCACUGGGAACGAUGGGAUACCCUUACGUACUCGAACUACAAUAUCUGGGAGCACUAUAGUCAAAAGUCUCAUUCAUGGAGAUCAGGUUGUCGAACAAGAAAGCUCGAGUACAGACAAAAAGACGGUGCAAGUUGAAGAUGCCAACGGUGAUAAAGUCAUAUAUUUGGUUAAUAAUGAUGGCAUUCCUCAGAACAUCACUGAUGGUGCAGGGAACGUCUUUAGUUUCAGCUAUGAUAACACCACAAAUCGUCUAUCAGAAUCAAGGUUUCCUGACGGUACCAGAGAGUCUUUCGGAUACGAUGCACGUGGCAAUUUAAACAAAAGAACCRCAAGAAAUGGCAGAGAUGUUAUUUUUGAAAAUGAAGCAGAUGGGAAAUUGGUCAAGAAGUCCGUUCCCGAUGUUGGUCCAACCUACUACUUACACGAUUCACGAGGAAACAUCAUCAUGGCGACAAAUAAGGAAGGAACGGUCACGCUUCAAUACAAUCGUGACAACAAACCAACUAGCGUUACCUAUCCCGAUGGGCGUCACCUUGACUACAGAUAUAACAAGAAUGGCCAAAGAAUAGGCUUGUCUGAGAACUCUACAGGUUAUAAUGUAACCUAUCUCUAUGAUAAUCAUAAUCGCCUAUCAGAGGUUCACACUACUGGACAUGAGGAGGCACAUGAACUUCUUAAAAUGGAAUAUGACUCGGAUGGAAAGCUGGUCAAAAAGAUCCUAGGCAACAAUGGCUCUUCGAAGUAUACUUAUGUACCAGGGAUGAAGCGACUAAAGAAACUCGUAAAUAUUUCGCCAUUUGGGAACAUAUCGUCGAGUUUCGAGUACGAUUACGAUGACAAGGGAAGACCUGUCAAAAUCACAUCGAAGGACGGGAUUCGUUUAUUCGCGUAUGACGCAGCUUCUCAACUAGUUGGUUGGACGGAUGUCAUGAAAAACGGCUCCAGAUACACACAUACAUACGAGUAUGACAGUCGUGGAAACAGGGUCUUCUCCACCGAUGGUGGCCACAGAGAGAACUAUGAGACCGACAAUGUCAACCGGUACAUGUCAGUCGGGAAUAACAAGUUUGCCUAUGACAGAAACGGUAAUAUGCUCUCAAAAAAUAACCCAAAAUCACGUGCCAAGGAUGUGAAGUAUGUAUUCAGCGAGGAGAAUGUUUUGCUGCAAACAGAGACAGUAAAUGAAAGGUGUGAUUACGUCUACGAUUCACUGGGGAACUUGUACAAAAAGAAGUGUACCAGCGGCGAGACUCGUUAUGUUGUCGAUCCAUUUGGUGUCUUUGGCAGCAACAUGAUCGCCCAGAAAACGAAGGGUUACUUGCUCGAUUGGAUGGAAAUGGUACUGCCGCUUAUUAUGAAUUCAAUGGAGAAGGUAAUGUUGUGGGUCUCAUUGACCACCAAGGAAAAGUUCUCAAUUCCUAUCGUUACGAUCCUUUUGGAAUCAUCUUGUACAUCAGGGAAAGUGUAUCCAAUGAUUUUCUAUUUGUUGGUCAAUGGGGAGUCAUGCAAGAGAAGGGUAUCCCAUACCUGUACAGGAUGCGAUCAAGAUAUUACGAUGCAGAGAUUGGUAGAUUUCUGAGCUACGAUCCAUUAGGUUAUCGUACAUUAAGCACCAAUCUCUACCAAUAUGCGUACAACAAUCCAAUAUCACUCCAGGAUCCACAAGGACGUUUCCCACUCAUACUAGCAGGUACAUUGAUAGGAGCUGCUGCCAGCGUAGGGUCCU